AUGAUGAUAAACUAAUCAAGUUCUCGCAAACUAUAAAUUUCAAUGAUUAUUUCUUUGCUAUUUCAAUUUAUAAGAAUGAUAAUCUAAUAUUAGAAGUUAGAAAAUCAAUUUGUUAAUUUUUUGAUGAUCAAUUUACUAGCCUAGAUAGUUUUGGAAUUAUUAUGUUUUAAAAAGACAAGCUUUUUUUAAACAGAAUUCAAACUUGCUCUUAUAUUAAUGGAUAUAAUUUUAUUUUAAGUAGAAUCAUUUAUGUAUGGAGUAGAUAAUGGUUAUCAAAAUUAUUUUUAUAUUGUUAUUGUGCAUAAUUUGACAAAUAUGAAGAUUAGCAUUGCUGAUAGUAGAAUAUGGAAGACAAUUAGGAUUUUUUUUUUUAUAAUACUUCUUUUGAGUUUUUCAUACUAAUUGAAUUUAAAUAGUAGCUUAUCACAUGAAAUCAAUUAUUAAUAUAUUGUAAUUGUAAAUUAAAAAUUAUAUUUGCUACUUAUAAUGUGGUUACACUCUUAAAAAAAUACUAUUUAAAUUGUUAAACCUAAUUAAUCAAGUGUGAAUGGAUUCUAAGAUACUCCCUUUGAAACAUUUUAAAAUACAACUAUAAGAUAAACAUAACCAAAAAUAAAUCCAAAAAGAACUAUAAUUAGGGAUUUAAGUUUUAUAAGUACAGAUAAGUAAUAAAAAAUUUAAAUAAAUGAUACUCUCUCUUAAAUUGAUUAUAGUUCAUUAUUUGAUGUACUUUCUGAAGGUGUUAUAAUAGUAUAAUUUGAGAAAUUUGAUAAUAUAACUAACUCAAAACCUAAAAUUGAAUAUUAAAAUUAAAACAGCAAAAAGAUUUUUCAAAAAAACAACCAUGAUUUAUUGAUACUUUUUGAAAAGUUAUCUUGUGAGAUAUUAAUGGAUGAAUCACCACUUCAUUCUAGAGAUUCCUUGUUUUCAUUAUAAAGUCUUAAUUAACAAUAAAUAAAAUAUCUUAAAUCUUCAAAAUUGAAUUUCUUAAAAUAUUUUUCUUAAGAUUAAUAGAUAACUUAAAGACAUACUGAAUAAAGUCAAUCUCCAAGAUUUAGAUCAUUGACUAGUUAAGUAUUAUUAUAUUAAUGAUUUAGCUUAAUACUGUAUAUAAAUGUUUGCUUUAUGUAUUUGGUACAAAAAGAUUUAGAAGAGAAACUACUGAAAAUACAAAUGUAUUGGUAGUUGAAACAAGUUUUGAAAUUGAGAAUACAAAAAGAUCAAUAGAAAUAACUAUAUCAAUUGGAAGUGAAGAUUUAUUAUUUAUAAUUGCAAGAGAUGUUAUUCAUAGAAAAAACAUUAAAGAAUUACUUUAAAUUAAUUAAUCAAAAUCUAAAACUUUAUCUUUUGUAAGUCACGAAUUCAGAUCACCACUAAAUGUAGUUAUUAAUAUAUUAAGUAGACUUAAAGAAUAGCUAAAUAAUUUUGAUUAUAUCUGUUAGAAUAUUUCUAUUGUAUUAGAAAACUCUUACUAUAUGUUAAAUUUAGCAAACGAUUUACUUGAUUUAGCUUAAAUUAAGGCAGAUCAAUUUACUUUAAUAUAAAAAACAUUCAAUUUAACUCAAUUAGGAGAAGAGUGUUUAUAGAUGUUUAAACUUUAAGCAGAAUUAAAAAAUAUUAAAUUGGAUGUUAUAUCAAAUGUGAAAUGCCUACAAAUUAGAACAGAUAGAAAUAGACUUAAACAAAUCUUAGUCAAUCUUAUUGCAAAUGCUCUCAAAUUUACUUAAAAAGGAGCUAUAUCAAUUAAGUUUGUAUAAUAAGGAUUAUUAGUAAAUGCUGGUGUAGAAGACACAGGAGUUGGAAUAUCAUAAAAUAAUUUAACUAAACUCUUUAAAGCAUUUGGUAAAAUUAAAGAGGGACUCUCUGAAAAUUUAAAUGAAUAAGGUGUUGGAUUGGGUUUAUUGAUAAGUAAUAAAUUAGCUUAAUAAUUAUCUUAUGAUAAUACUGGAUUGAAAGUAAUUUCUUAAGAUACUACUUAAGCAAAACAUGGAUCUUACUUUUACUUAACUUUAAAAAUUCAAUAAUUACAUCAUAAGUGUCCUUGUGUUAAGCCCUAAUAAAUAUAUUUAGAAGAUGAUUAUUCACCAUCUUUAAAUGAAAUUCGUUUAAAUAAUUAGAGAUCUUAGAUAUAAUAAUAAUAUUAAAUAAUUAUAAAUAGUGAAAAUUAAAGUAUUUCAGAAUCUAUUGAAGUCAAAAAUGAAAUUUAAGAUAAUAAAAUCCCUUGUAAACAUAUUUUGAUAGUGGAUGAUAAUGUAUUUAAUUAAUAAGUAUUAGAAAUGUAAAUAAAACAAUUGUAAUAUAAUAUUAUAUUAAAUAUAGUACAAGUUCUUAAAUAGACAAAGUUUUUAAUGGAACUGAUGCAUUAGAUUAUAUUUAAUAAAAAAAAUGUUCAGAAUUUUGUUAAGGUUAUGCAGCAAUAUUUAUGGAUAUGGAAAUGCCAGGUUUAAAUGGUAUACAAACUUCAACUUAAAUUCUAAAAACAAAUUUGUAAAUGAAAAUAUUUAUAACUUCUGGAUAUGAUGAAAUUAAAAUGAAAGAAUAAGGUAACAAAAUUGGAAUCAAAGAAUUUUUAGUUAAACCGAUCUCUAAACAAAUAAUAUAAAGAGUUAUUAAAUAAUACAAUCUAUGA